UUUUCCUACGCACGAAGGAAAGCGUACGAGAUUCCUUGCAAGAGGUGACGUAGAGCCGCGUCGCAUCGAGUCGUCAACAAGAGCAGCGACGGGCACGGGCAAGCAACGAAACCGUAACGAAACGAUUUUUCCCUGACAACCAUUGGAACUUCGAAAAUUAAAUGAUGGCUCCCAUUAUGUCGUAUCGUGUUGUAAAUAUAUGUUCUAUUUUCUUUUUAUUGCAUUUAUGUUGUGUGUUGGCGAAAAGUAACGUAGUAUCUUUAGACGAAGACAAUUGGGAAAAAAUGCUGUCAGGCGAAUGGAUGGUAGAAUUUUACGCCCCGUGGUGCCCUGCCUGUAAAGCAUUGCAACCCGUUUGGGAAAGAUUUUCUAAUUCUGGAGGCAAAUUUGGAGUGAGUAUUGGUCAGGUUGACGUAACUUCCUCUCCUGGCUUGAGUGGCAGGUUCAUGGUAACAGCAUUGCCUACCAUAUUUCAUGUGCUUGAUGGAGAAUUUCGACAAUACCGAGGUGCCCGGGAUGAAGAAGCUCUUAUUUCAUUUAUAAAAGAUGAUAAAUGGAAAACUGUGGAAGCAAUCCCUGGCUGGAAAAGUCCAGGUUCCAUUCAAAUGUCUGUCGUGUCAUAUUUCUUCAAACUUUCUCAGUUGCUGAGGACUGUGCACAAUAACUUAAUGGAGGAGUAUGGUCUGCCAACUUGGGGCUCAUAUCUAAUUUUUGCCUGUGGCACCAUUGUUAUUGGGGCUUUACUUGGCCUUAUUCUGGUGUGUAUCAUUGAUUUAAUCUAUCCACCAAAACCUCUCAUGACAAGAAUUCCAUCUGCUUCUCAAGGACUGAAAGAAAAAAUUGCUAAAGAUCAUGGCAGUGGAGAUGAACUUGAGGAUGGUGAAGAUCAAGAUGACCUUGUAGAUGAAGUAGAUGAAAGUGGUGCUCUUCCUGAUGAUGCUGAUGCUGAUGCUGCUGACGGAGUGAGUGGAGGAUCUGAUACUGAACAGAAGGAAGGUCAAGAAAGCCCCAAUGUCCGGAAACGAAAACCACGAAAAGCUGAUUGAAUAUGAACAUGUUGUAUAUUGCUCUCAGCAGGUUGGAAGUACCUGUUCAUGAAAGAUGGGACUUGUUACCAUAUAACUCAUUAAUUUGGCUGUUUUUGUAAGUGUGUGUGAAAGACUUUGAACCAUGCACAAGUUUUUGGAGUUCUAAAGUCAGACUGUUACAGCUGUUAAACAGCAUUAAUGUAACAUCAAAUGCAACAUCCAAUUGAUAAGGUGUGCUACAGUCUGUCAACCAUCACAUUCCACGUCUAAGUCCUGUAUCUUUCUGACAGGGACCUGGUAGUGCUCUUUUCUAAUAAUUUGGGUAGAAAGUGGAAGUAAUGAUAGUUCACAGGAUUUAUUCUAAUUUGAACCAUUGUUGUUUUUUCUAACUCUAAACAAAAGUACAUUUUCAAUGCCUGGGUGCAUAUUACUAUAACAUUUUAUGUUUUUACUUUGGAUUAAUGCGAUAGCUUUGUUUCAAAUGUGUUUGUGCAUCUCUAACAGUGGUUAAGUACCUUUCACAAAAGUAUUUGUUAAUGCAUUUUGGUCUCUAUAAGUUGGCAGUAUUGUUGUUAAUAGAAUAUCUUGUGGAUUCAUUAUAAAGAAACGACAAAAAAGCGAGGAUUACAUUAGUAACAGUACAGUAUGCGUGUGAUUUACUUUCCAGUGAUACGCGUUUCUGCAUUGGGCAUUAUGUUACUGGUUCACAUCUUUUGACACAGUCAAUUGUUUUGCAUAUUUUAAAUUUCAGUAUUACUAAUAUUUAUUUUCAGCUUUUUUGUGAUGCUUUAUUAUACAUCUCCAUUUUUAUAAUACUUUGUAAAGGAAUUUUGUGAAAUAUGUUCUACAUUAGUAGCAGCACCAAUAAAGAUUUUAAAGAACAAAGUCAUUGUGUCGGUCAUAAGUGACUGGAACCUUUUUUAGUUGUCUUCCUUGUGUUGCUCUACAAUUUUGAGUUGUGUACUAAUGCUGGGCAUCUCGAUUUUAAUAAGAUCUUAGAAUGCAAAGGGCAGAAGUUACAGGACAGCUGAGUAUAAAUGGAAUGUGAUUUCGUAUUAUUAAUUUAAGAUAUCCCGUAAAUGCACUUGGAAUUGUUUUGGAUUAAAAGAAGUGUAUAACUAAUGAGAAUUAGUGAACACAGAAUUUGAGAACUUUCCUUUCUUAGGUAGUGCCUAUAAAAUUUAUCUGUAGAUGAAAAUGUCUAAUCAACGUGUCAAAUUGAAGAUUGUCACAAAAUUAAAAUACCAAAUAAUAGAGGACUUAAAAGCUUGGUUCUGUUUUCUGCAACAUUUCUGUGAAUGUCAUUGCAGAAUAAAGACAUGACUAAAAAUAUAAGUGUGUAUUUGAGAUAAUAAUUGAAGAGUGCAGCGAGGGUUGCUUCAUGUUGUUCACCAUUUGCAAAUCAGUGUUACUAUAUAGUAAGUUUGAAUAAACUGAGUCUUUACUCGUGUAUUAGUUGGAAGGAGAGAGGUGGAUGUUGGCAUUGAAGCAUUCCUUUGUCAUUAAAAAUGAAUAAAUAAGCUUGAAACUUGCUUUUAAUAUGGGUGAAAUUCUGUGAUACACAAUGUGAAGAAAAAUAUUCCUAUUGUGAUGGGGCCACUGGUGUCAAAUGUGUUGGGUGUGGCUGUGAGAGGAGACAAAUAGUUGGUCUGUUUAUGCAGAUUUAACCCAGUGAAAGGUAAUAUGAGAACAAUACAUCUUGUGUCUUAAUGUUUUGAUACUUAACACAAACUGCACCAAAGUGUCAAACAUGUUUUGUAAAAAUAAUUAUAAUAGGUAACAAUGAUCUUGUGCGGUUCAUUGAUAUUGUUUUGAAUGCUGUUCAAGUUUCAAAUAAAGUUCUGAUUGUCUCAACAUUUUGGCAUUUUCUUCAGUUAAUUGAUUAAUUGUGAGUUUUCCUCAUUACAC